CGAGAGGGGAAGACGUUAAACAGCUUCACGUAGAUAUAUGCUGGUUUAAACAUAACUCAUAAGACUGGCCAUAAUCAAUCACUCAAUCCGAAUAGUUCCAUUCAAGACCGUAUUCAUACAAUCAAUAAAAAUGCCAUCUGCACCGCCGAUCCUCGACUUCUCGCCCUUCUACGGCGCCGACUCUGCAGCAAAGGAAAAGCUCGUGCAGCAGGUCAGAGAAUCAUGCGAGUACAAUGGCUUUUUCCAAAUCACAGGCCACCGCAUCCCGCGCGAGCUGCAGCAGCGCGUCAUGGCCUGCGCAAAGCGUUUCUUCGAGCUGCCCCUGGAGGAGAAGCUCAAAGUGGACAAAAAUAACAACACCUUCAACCGCGGCUACGAACUGCUCCGGUCGCAAAUGCUCGAAAUCGGCACCGCGCCCGAACUCAAGGAAGGCCUGUACAUCGGCGACGACAUCAGCACCGACCACCCCUACUACAUCAACCAGCGUCUCAACAGCGGUCCCAACCAGUGGCCGCCAACCGUGUCCGACGCCGAGGAGUUCCGCAAAACAAGCAUGGAGUACUACUACGCUGUCUACGAGCUGGCCAAGGACGUCCUGGGCGUUCUGGCGCGCACUCUCGAUGUCGACCAGAGCUUCUUCGAUCCGCUGACGGCCGGUGGUGUCGCGACGAUGCGCAUGCUGCAUUACCCAUCCCAGCCGAAAGACGAGGAUGAGAAGCUGAACCGGGGUAUCGGGGCGCAUACAGACUUUGGAUGUGUGACGCUCCUGCUGCAGGAUGAGGUCGAUGGGUUGCAGGUUCUGGAUGUUCCCACUGGACAGUGGCUAGAUGUACAACCCGUCCCAGGCGCGUACGUCGUCAACCUCGGCGACCUGAUGAUGCGCAUGGCCAACGACAGAUACAAAUCCAACAUCCACCGGGUCAUCAACAAGUCCGGGCGCGAGCGGUACUCGAUCCCCUUCUUCUUCAGCGGGAAUCCGGACCAUAUUUGCGAGUGUCUGCCGAACUGCUGCAAAGCUGGGGACCAGCCGAAGUAUGCGCCUAUCACGGUGGAAGAUAUGGUCAAGGGCGCGUAUAAGCAGAGUUAUGGACGGGCGGAGGCGUAUAAGAAGGAACUGGCUGAGAAGGAAAAGGGGAAGGGCUUGGAGACCCUAAGUCUCCUAAGCUUUAUAUCACCCGUCUCUGCGACACCAGAUCACAAAGCUACAAUGGACAUCGAACUCGGCAAGCGUGACAAGCCCGCAGAGGCGACUGACGAACCGCAGCAUGAUAUAGGCAAGAUGGAGCUCGUCGACGACGCCGAGAUGGAGCAGUUCUACGGCUCGGCCACCUCGGACGCGUACCGGCUCAAGUCGGAACUGGUCUCGCAGUGCAUGACGGAGAUUGGGAUGGGACGGUUCCAGUGGAAGCUAUUCCUCGUGACGGGUUUUGGCUAUGUUGUUGAUAACCUGGCCAGUCAAGGAAUAGCGUCUGUUCAACCACCCAUCCAGCUCGAGUUUUCCGGUAUCAGGCAGGUCAGCUACAGCUCCGUGGCAUAUUAUGUCGGUCUGAUCCUCGGUGCCUCGUUCUGGGGCAUCUCGUGCGACUUGAUCGGCCGCAAGCCCGCCUUCAACAUCACCCUGAUCGUGGCCGGGGUCUUCCUCUGUGGAGCAGCUGGGACCAUGAACUUCGUUGCGUUCUGUUCCAUGUGGGCGGUUAUAGGGACGGCAGCUGGGGGGAAUGUACCAGCCAGCUCCCUGAUUUGCCUUGAAUUCCUCCCCCCGAGCCACCAGUUCCUCCUCACAGCCCUAAGCGCCUGGUGGAUGUUCGGCCAGCUGGUCGUGUCCUUACUGGCCUGGGUCUUCCUGGCAAACUUCUCCUGCCCUACAGAUGCCACGCCCGACACCUGCUCGCGGGCCGAGAACAUGGGCUGGAGAUACACCCUCAUAACCCUCGGCGGACUCGCACUCGCAUUCACACUCAUCCGCAUCUUCGUCUUCAAAAUGCCCGAGACCCCACGCUACCUGCUCUCGCAAGGCAAAGACCAAGCCGUCGUCGACGCAGUCAACUAUGUCGCGCGCCAGAACGGUAAACCCGAGCCCUUGACUCUAGGCAUGCUCCAGGCCAUCGACAGCAGACUCGGCAUGACCCCUGCCUCAGGAGAAACCGGUGGCGGUGGGCUAUCAACAAUGGAAAUCAUCCAAGAAAAUAUAAAAGAGUUCCGGGGCUCACACUACGCCGCGCUCUUCGCAACACGCAAACUCUCCUUCCACACAGCCCUGAUCUGGGUAAUCUGGCUGGUGAUCGGUGUUGCGUAUCCGCUGUACUUCAAUUUCCUUCCUUCGUACCUUGCGACCCGGUUCACCGAGUCUUCGUCGCUGGAUCUCACGUAUAGGAACUACUGUAUACAAUCUGCGGUUGGGGUCGUGGGUCCGCUUUCUGCUGCUUUCCUCGUUAAUACAUUCCUGGGCCGGCGAUGGAUGAUGGGCAUUUCGUCUAUUAUAACCGGUGUCUUCCUCUUUGCGUAUGUGGGCGUCACUACACAGGUUGCCAGUUUGGCUUUUACUUGUGUAACUGGACUACUAGGGAAUUUUGAAUACGCGGUCAUGUUCGCAUUCACGCCAGAGUCCUUCCCAGCCCCACACCGUGGAACAGGGACAGGAACAGCGGCGUCACUUCUGCGUCUUGGUGGGCUUGUGGCCAGUAUAGUCUCGUCGCAGACGGGGUUCACGACCGCGCCGCUUUAUGCGAGUGCGGCGCUGUGGGUUGCUGUUGGGUUGAUUUGCUUUGGGUUGCCGUUUGAGACGCAUGGCCGGUCUGCUAUUUAAAUUAAGAACUGAGAAUACUUGGAUGGUAUUAUCAGAGAGGGAAUGGGCUUGGUAUAUAGGCUGGUUGGUUGACGGAUGGUUUGCAUAGGAGAUUUGUAUCGUAGUCUAAUACAAUACGAUUCUAUAUAUCCUUCGCACCCUUUAUAUCUAAUGAUAAAACCUCCUCUUCCGAUCCAAAUCCACCUUGGCCAAAUCCACCCACCAAGCCCCCCUAUACCAGACCCUCGCCCCAAAAUAAACCCCCACAACCAGGACCACACUAACAUAAUUCGCAAAGAAAUGCCUCGCACUCGAGCGCUCAUUCAGCGGCCAAACCGCCAGAUAAAACUCCACGAUUAUCAACACAACACACCAGAUCAAC